AUGAUUGUGGGAAAAGGUGGUUCCUCCACUCCAAAGGAAGUUACGGUUAACUUUAUCGAUUUUGUUGUAGAUUCCCGAAGGCAGCAUCGUGGUUUGCAUUGUAUGGACCGUUGGGAAGUCUUCAUGUGUAAGCCAGACAGCUUCAAACCUAAAGGGUCUCUUAGUUUUGUCAACUUGUUGGGUGACAUUGGUGUUAAUGGUUAUGGUCGGACUGGAUGCGGUUGCAACUCUUGUUCAAGAGUUACACGGUUCCCUUACUACAAUGACCCACUGAAGAAACAAGAAAGGGGCAUUGUGGAGAGUGGGUCAAUUGCUUCACAUUGUACUAUCGUGCUUUUGGCUAUGACUCUCGUCCUUGAUUUUACAGACCAUGUUUGGACAGAGUGCUAUUCAGAAGCCAUGGGAAGGUGGAUGCAUCUUGAUCCUUGUAAAGCAAUCUAUGACAGACCGCUAUUAUAUGAAAAAGGGUGGAAAAAGAAAUUAAAUUAUGUAAUUGCUAUUGCAAAAGAUGGAGUUUAUGAUGUCACUAAACGUUACACAUGGAAUUGGAAUGAGGUCUUGUCUAGACGAACCAUUACCAGAGAGUCCUCUCUGGUGUCUGUUCUCACUUCAAUGAUCAAAGAAUGCCGGAGUAACUUUACAUCUCAAAUUCUUUCAGUAUUGGAAGACUGUGAUAAAAUUGAAAUGGAAGCUCUAGACAGAGAUUUACUUUCUACUGAUGAUGCUCCGAUCUCUUUACCAGGGAGGCAAAGUGGGGAUAAGCAAUGA